AUGAAGCCGGUGGUCCUUUUAAAUUUGGCCGUGGCUGUAUUGGCAUCUGUGGGAGAUCAGCUUCCCGAAUUCCAAAACUGUUUGGAACAAUGUUAUACUUUCAUUGGACUAUACGAUAUUCUGCCCUUGUCACCAUUCAAAUCACUCUGGGAUUGUGAAGCUGAUUGCAACUAUAAAUGCCAGCAGAUCAUCACCGACAAGCGAGAAAAGACUGGCUUGAAUGUGGUGCAAUUCUACGGCAAAUGGCCCUUCGUAAGAGUAUGGGGUAUCCAAGAGUUCUUUUCUACCAUCUUUUCCUUGGGUAAUUUCUAUGUUAAUUAUAUAAAUCUCUCCCGAUUGAUACAACAAUACCACAAGAACAGCAAAUUGGACUCACAACAGCAGCGUUACUCAGUAAUGGUUGCCCAAUACAUAGUAUUGAUUAUAGUCUCACUAUUCGGAUGGAUCUUUAGUUCCAUUUUCCAUUUGAGAGAUAAUUCCAUCACUGAAACGAUGGAUUACUUUGGUGCGCUGGCCAUUAUUAUGUCUAACUUCAAUGCCAUCACCAUGAGAACUUUCAAGAUCUUCAAAAAGUCAAAUUCUGUAGUCUUUGCUUGGCAAUCCAUCAUGGUGAUAGCGUACAUCUUCCAUUGUACUAAGUUGACCUACAAAUGGGACUAUCAAUACAACACGAACGUCAACUUGGUCUUGGGUUUGGCUGCAAUGACUAUGUGGUGUAUUCUUGCUUUGAAGACAAGACAGCUCUAUAAACAGAAUUACAUAAUGUUCAACAAUCUGAUCCAGUUAUUACCAUUUGAGACAAAAUUGUUGACCAAGUUGAAUCACAUUGGUUUGGGACAAGCCAGAUGGGUGCCUUUGUUGCCAAUCUUCUUCAACUUGUGGUUGUUGUUGGGGAUCUCGUUUGAGUUCUUCGACUGGGUUCCUUGGCUACGCUUGGUAGAUGCCCAUUGCUUGUGGCACUUCUUUACCAUCUGGCCAACUAUUUUCUGGUAUGACUGGAACAUAUGGGAUAUUGAGAUGAUGAAGAUCACCGACAAAGCCCAGAGAUUGCUGUAG